AUGUUGACACCACUGCGACAUGCCCAUGCCGUCCUGACAGCGCUGGUCGCUUUCUCACAUGCGGUCCACGCUCUUCCACAACUGCCUUCAUCAUCAACCACAGCCGUUGCUCCAUUGCCAUCAGGCAUCUCCUCUGGUAAUGCCUGCAAUAACUCUCCGACUCUCUGUGGUCGUCAGUACAACUCCAUUACACACAUGGGAGCCCACAACAGCGCCUUUCUACGAGACAGCAGCACUGGCAACUCCAUAGCCGGAAAUCAGUUCAAAAACGCAACCAUCGCCCUGGACGCUGGUCUCCGACUCCUUCAAGCACAGGUUCACAAGCCAAAUUCUACCCUGGAACUUUGCCAUACCUCGUGUAACUUGCUCGAUGCCGGGGAUCUGGAAACAUGGCUAAAGAGCGUCAAUGACUGGGUCACCAGGAACCCCAAUGAUGUUGUAACUUUGUUGCUAGUCAAUGCCAACAAGGCCCCUGCUUCCGACUUUGGCGCCGCCUUUGAAGCCUCGGGCCUUGCAAAAGUCGCCUACAAGCCGCAGUCAAACACUCUGACGUCCACCUGGCCGACUCUCCAGGACAUGAUUCGCUCCAACUCUCGUGUCGUCACCUUUGUUACAAACAUGGACUUCUCCGCAUCCACGCCCUAUCUCCUCCCCGAGUUCGAUCAUGUCUUCGAGACGCCAUUCGAAGUUACUGCUCUUGGUGGCUUCAACUGCACUGUCGAUCGACCAUCCAAGGCUAAACCGCCAUCUACCUCUUUGGCCAACGGCUACAUGAGCCUUGUCAACCACUUCAAAUACCAAAAUCUCAUAGGUACCGUGCAGGUUCCCGACGCCGAUGCCAUUGAGACCGUCAACAGCGCGAGUACCGAGCAACCUGGAAAUCUGGGCAAACACCUGGAGCAGUGCAAGACGGAGUGGGCGAAACAGCCCAAUUUUGUGCUGGUUGAUUUCUGGGACAAGGGCGAUCCUAUCGCUGCCCUGGAUAGUAUGAACGGUGUGACGGAUGCCAAGGGAAGGACUACGACACAGUCGAGUGGCCAGUCGGCCGGGAGCAACUUCGCUCAAGAGAGGAAACUUGGAACCGGGGCUCUCGUGGCCUUUGUUUCGGCUGCGUUACUGCUGGUGUAG